GUGGGGUGGCAGUGGAGGUGGUGUCACAGGGCUUCUGAUGGUGGUUUGGCUUGAAUGCUUCAUUUUUUCGAUGUGUGCGUUUCCUGACUAGUGAAAUGAAAUGGUAUUUAUAUUCAACCACAGCAACAGUUGUUUUGUACUGUGAUCGUCGGAUUAUUCACAUGGUUUAUCUCUGAAAAAAGCCAUUGGACAUUUACUGGGUUGGAUCUUAUUUUCACCCUUUCCUCUUCAGACUCAGACAUAUAGUUAUCCCCCCCGCUCUCAGCUCCUGCUUCAGACGGCUCCUCCGGGCAUGCUCCUUAAGCCAAAGUAUGACCGCUUUCGCAACGAGUCUGUGACCUCCUCCGACGACCUGAUGCAGAGCCUAGCCAUGAGCGGCAAAGUCGUGGCCACGCCGGUAGUCCGCUCCUCCGCCCAGAGCCUUCCUCUGCCUCCCCUGCCUACUCUGGAUUCCAGCGCCAGGACUUCCUCUGCUGGGGCUACAGCCCUGGCUGACUCCCCUUGCCUUGAUGGGGAGCAGGAGGCCACCACAACCUUCUGCAUGCUCAUCCCGAAGAUGCCCCAGUGGAAGUUCUCCAACUCCCUGCUCAACCGGAGUCCGUCCAACUCCAGCUCCAGCUCCAGCUCUAGCAAGGACUCGGGCAAGGCGGCAGCAGCUCCUUCCCAGGCCUCCAGCUCCCCUUCCUCAACAUCACACAGGAACAGUGGUGCGACCUCGGCCACUGGUCCUGUGGCAAGUCUUGCGGCAGUGCUGACCUCCUGUGACCCUGUGUGUGUCACCCCCUGUUCCUUGCAGGCCAUCCGGGGCCAGAGAAUAGUCACGGCAGCAAGCUCUGCCAGUCCAGGGGGUCAAGGAUUCGGGGCUACAGAGGCCACGGCGAGCCCGGGUGUUUCUGGCAACUCCAGGUCAGGAAUGAACCGCAGGACGAGGGUGGAAGGGAUGUGGCCUGGGGGAGAAGACUUCCACCAGAAGGGCGGCUUCAUCCACAAACCUUCCCAGGGCUGGUUGCACCCUGACAAGAAGAUUGCAGGACCAGGAGCUUCUUACAUUGUCAGGUACAUGGGCUGUAUGGAAGUGUUGAAGUCAAUGCGCUCCCUGGAUUUCAACACGAGAACUCAGGUGACGAGGGAAGCCAUCAACAGGCUCUGUGAGGCUGUGCCAGGAGGAAAGACGCAGUGGAGGAGGAAGGCCGUGAACAAAGCUCUGCAGUCCGUUAUGGGAAAGAGUAACCUGCGAUUUGCUGGCAUGACCAUCGCAGUCAAUAUUUCCACAGACGGCCUCGGUCUGCUCAUCCCUACCACACGACAGGUGAUAGCACAUCAUCCCAUGCAGUCCAUCUCCUUUGCCUCAGGGGGAGACACAGAUACGCCUGAUUAUGUAGCGUACGUGGCCAAAGACCCAGUGAAUCAGAGAGCGUGUCAUAUCCUGGAGUGCUCCGAUGGUUUAGCCCAGGGUGUCAUCAGCACCAUCGGCCAGGCCUUCGAGCUGCAGUUCAAACAAUACCUUCACAGUCCUCCCAAAACCAUGGCGUCCAUAGAGAGAUCUGUCAGGCCAGAGGAGCCAAUGUGGGGAGAGGACGAGGACUUCUCUGAGCAUGAUUACUACAACAGCAUCCCGGGGAAGGAGCCUCCUGUUGGGGGUGUGGUGGAUUCCAGGCUCCGGCCCAGUGGGUCUCUGCUGGGUCACAUCCACACACAGCCCCAGAGCAAGAACGCACAGAUGGGUUCCCCAGCGAGGAGGGAGCAGACGUCUUACCCUCCUGGUCAGCUCUGUUAUGAGCUUCACUGGGACACUGAGUCCAGCAGCAGCUCAGGCCUGACAUCAGAUGGUUACCUGUGUGCUGACGGCCAACCACCUGGCAGCAGAGACUAUGAGGAGCAUCAGUAUGUAAACACCCAGACUCUUGAAAACCUGGAGUCACUGGCACAGGGACAGAGAGGGGGGAGGGUGCCCGAAAGUCCCAAGAAAGAUCUCUUUGACAUGAGGCCCUUUGAGGACGCCCUGAAGCUCCAUGAGGCCAGCGGCGGAGCUGCUGGCUCCACUAUGUCCACCACAGUCGGAGGGGGUGUACGGAUCCUGGAGGACCAGUGGCCCAGCCCUCCACGCCGCCGAGCGCCUGUGGCCCCAAAUGAGGAUCAGCUCCGCAGGGAGACCUGGUACCACAGCCGGAUGAGCCGACGGGACGCGGAGAAAAUCCUGGUCAGAGAUGGAGAUUUCCUCAUCCGGGAGAGCACGACCAACCCGGGACAGUAUGUGCUUACAGGCAUGCACUGUGGCCUGCCCAAACACCUACUGCUAGUGGACCCUGAGGGAGUGGUCCGAACCAAAGACAUGUUAUUUGAGAGCAUAAGUCACCUCAUCUCGUACCAUCUGAAGAACGAGGUGCCUAUUGUUGCUGCAGAAAGUGAGCUCCACCUUAAACAGGUGGUCAGGAGGAAACAGUGAGCCACCUGCCUCUCAUGGGACGAGUUGGAUGGUCGUGAGCCCAUGCAAAACAAUUACAGGAAAUAAACUCUAAAAUGGAAACCUUUUAUCCCUGAUGGAUAUUCAUCUGGAGGCUAUCACUUUCUGUCUUUCCAUGAACAACAAGGAGAGAGAGGCGUCUCCUCGUACUUCCUGCACAUGUUUGCCGACCAGGAUCAACCAACCAAUCCCUCGCCUGUUGUAGACUCCUCAGCAUGCAGCUAUUAAGCUAUUAAACCCAUCACAGUCCACAGUUUGACUUGACCUGCAGCUCAAUAACUGUCGACCAAUGUGAUGCUGUUCAGAGUGGACCUUCAGGAAAUCACAAUAGGAUUUGCUGCACAGUGAAGAAAUGUCCUACAAUGCCUGAAUUAGUGAGGAGCUUCCAGCCCAUCAUGGUUUGUCCAACCAUUCAGCCACAGAACAAAACUGUCACGUCAAAGAUUUAAUCGCCAGAACAAAACUGUCACUGGUUAUGAGGGUGUCAGGUUGUGUAUCCAGUGUGUUUUCAGUAUUUUAAGAGACAAUUUAAGAAAAGACUGUUUCAUUGGACUGUGAAGAGAGUUUUUUGUUAUGUGUGCAGGACGUGACGCUGAGAUGGCACAAUGGAAAUACUGUUAUUGUUGGAUGUAUGAAAGAGCCACAUGUCUUCCUGUUGUUUUUGUCUCCUCAUAAUCCAAACGCCAUUUCCUUAAUUUAGUUUGUCAAUCCUGCAGUCAUAGUAUAUCUGGCAGACAGAGGUGGACAUAAAACACAUUCACCAUGGAUAUGAGUGGUUUGUGUUGUGUGUGUAAGGGCUGCUCAUAAUUUGUUAAAGACAUAUUGUAUGUAUUGUAAAGUCCUGUGGAAACUCUUGUUCAGUUCUCCGUCCUGGGCUGGAAACACAGUCUGUGCAUACAAACCUCAGUAUAACCACGCCUGUAUUUCCUCUCACCCCUCCCACGUCAGUGCCUUAAUAACUACUGAGACAGGCAUUUGUGUCUUGAGUGAACAUAAUGUGCACUUCCUGUAUGCUCCUAAUGCAGAGGACUAGUUUUCUUGCCAUGCCAGUGAAUGACUGAACAAACAUCAGGAUGAUUAAGCUCUUAUACGUGUGAACAGUAAUCUAAGCUGCUCUUGUUUUUGGAUGAAUAAUGUUUAAUACUGUUGUCUAAUUCUGCUCAUGUUUGUCGUUUUUUAAUUGUGUCGCCUGGUUCAAUCUUUUUAUUUUCUUCGACACAGAUAGAACUCCUCUAAAGUGACCCACAUUAGAGACUUGAGGGGUUUGGACUUGAAAUGAAAUCCUUUAUUUGUCCCGGCUGAGGGAAAUAAUCACUUUAUUCCUUAUCUCUUUCUACCAAUCUAAUACUUCACAUGUCAUAUAUCUUUUUUUCUUGCAUUCCUCUCUGUGUCUAAUGCAACAUACUGUAUCUCUGCUCUUCUUACUCACGGCCUCAUGUAUGCAGUGAGAUGAGGUGAGCUGCAACGCCUUCUGGUGACGUCCGAAUGAUCAGUGUAACUUUGUCAGAUGUUUCCCUUUUUGUGUUCUCAGGAAUUUCAUGGAUUGUUUUUCCCCUCCUUUGAUUCAUUUUAUUGGCUUUUUGUCGAUAAAAUUAAUCAGAGUUGAUUAAAGAUGAAUCAAAGAAAUCACAA